UCUCUUUAUGGCAUAAAGGGGAGUUUUAAGAUGCCUAUUCGAGCCUAUUGCACAAUAUGUUCUGACUUUUUUGAUCACUCCAGAGACGUUGCUGCCAUCCACUGCGGACAUACUUUUCACUACGAAUGUCUCCUUCAGUGGUUUCAAACAGCUCCUCACAAAACGUGUCCACAAUGUAGAAAACAGGUCAGCAACAGACAUAUUAUCAGCAAACUUUUCUUUGACAAUGGUGGAGGAGAUGAAGGAUCAACUGUAGACCCAGAAAAUUUGCAGAAUGAACUUGAUCGAGUGAAAGUCCUUUUAAUUACUAAGGAAAAAGACUGGAAGGAUAAACAAAAGGUAAUAGACAGCUUGAAGAACACAGUGGACAAGCAAAGGAGAGAUUUGGACAGUGUUCGGAAAGAGAUUGCUGAGAGGGAGAUGCUGUGUGAUGCUCUCAGAAAACAGAUGGCUUAUCUGGAGACCCAGCAAUAUGACGUCCAGGCUGCCAGAGAGGAGGCACGCAGACUCAGGACCAAAAUGAAAACCUUUGAAAGUCUGGAUGUGUUGUUACAGGGCCAGAGAGCUGAGGUAGAGUCCAUGAUCACAGACAUGGGUAUCAGCCAGGCUGCUGUGGAGCAGCUUUCCAUCUAUUGCAUCUCCCUCAAGAAAGAGUAUGAUAACAUAAAAGGGAGCCUUAAGUCCUCAAAUGAAAUAUGUGAAAAGCUGAAGAGAGAGGUGUUUACUUCAAACAACAAGUUACAGAAGGCCACAGUGGAGAUGAGAAGGACCAAGGAGGAUAUGAAGGCUGUGCAAAAUGAUCUAGCUAAUGCUGACAAAGAGAUCACUAGUCUCAAGAAAAAAGUAGAGAUCCUUCAGAAGACCCUUAGCACACCAACACAAACAAAUGAAGCACUCAGUCGACUACUCUGUGAAAGCCCAGCCCCAGUGGAGUUAAAGCAGCCCCAUCUCCACCAGCCUACAGGUGGUGAGGACAUAGACCUGAACAUGACCUAUGAAAUCCCCACCCCUGAUAAUAGGAACAAGAAAGUCCCACCCAAAAAGAUGCAUCUGGAUCAUGCAAGGUCACCUUCAAUGAGACACAAUGAGAGCAGCUCAUCAGGAAGCAUGGCCCCAAACAAGGAAGAAUCCAUGGAUACCUUCUUCAGGAAUUCUCUCUUAUUUAGAAAGAAGACUUUUGGCAGUAUGUUGCAACAGCCGAGGAAUAAACCUGGAGCUGUGAGAUCUGGCUAUGAUGGAUUAGGAGGACGGACAAAAUUCAUCCAACCUUCUCCGCUGUCAGAGAUUCGCCCGCUAUUGAAGGCUAAAAGGAAAAAGGUGACCCGGCCUCCUCCUCCCAAGAUCUCAACUUGCCUCACUAUGGACAGUUUUCUUGAGUAAAUGGUGACCUGGAUGUUGAACGUAUUGUGUUUGUGUUGCCGUGUCUGGAAAAAAUUAGCUU